AUGAAGAUAUGUUAUCGCUAUUGCCCGAUCGGCUCAGGUAAGGUGUGCCAUGGUCUAAAAGUCCGACUCACAUUAAUCAUUCUCCAGCUCUUGUUCAGCGUCGUCGUCCUCGGUCUCUCUGUCACACUAGCCAGGGGACAGGGUACAGGCAAGGCACCAGCAGAAUCUGGCUAUGCCGCCUUUACUGGUGCAUUCGGGAUCAUCGCGGCUCUCCUUGGAAUUAUUGCACUUUUUAUGUAUAGUUUAGACGGUGUAAUCACCUGGCUGAUCGACGGCGUUGCGUCUCUUACACUCCUCGCCGGUGGGAUUGUCUAUGCUGUUACCCUCAAAGGUGUCCACUGCAGUAACGCCUGGACAACCUAUCAGAAUAAACUCAUUGAUGGAGGAUCCUGGUCCGACAACAAAGGCGAUACGAUCUCCUACUGGGAUGAAUCCCACCUUCACAGUCGAUGUGUUUCCGCAGAGGCCAAUACUACAUUCAUGUUUCUAGCUUGCAUCGCCUGCAUUGGCACCCUUGUCGCGUCCGUCUUCUCCGGCCGCCGCUAA